UCCGCGCACCUCUGAGAAUCUUCGCAACUCUCUGCCAUGCCCACAUGCCUUAUUUGCCUCAACGCACUGCGCACUCCUGCAGUGCUUCCUUGCGGCCACGUCUUCUGCUACGACUGCAUCGUAAGAGUCGUGCGUAACGUACAGCCGUUCACGCAACAACACUUCUGCCCGACAUGUCGAGUCCCAUACACCAUCUCGAUUGUAGAUCCGCAGCUUAUUCCUCACCAUCUGCGCCCGCAUCUGACACCCGCGAUUCGCAAGCUGAGUCUCGACUUCACGAUCCCGAGCGCGGUGCCAGGAUCGACACCCGCGUCUGAAUGCGACAGACUACGGGCGGAGAAUGCUUCACUGCGCUCCUGCUGCGAGGUCUGGCGCAAGCGCGCCGCGUUGCAUGCAUCCGCGUCACUCGGGCUCGUCGGUCUUGCCCGCCUCGCGCGCGACCACGCGAUCAAGAUGCGCAGAGAAAACUGCGAGCUCCAGCAAAAGUAUAUUUCGCUGAAGAGAAAAAGCGAGGAGUUAGAGUUGGUGCCACCGCCAGACGCCUCUGAGCUCCCGCAGCUCACGCGCUCGCCAUCUCGGCCGUCCUCUCCCGCUGCACGGAGGUCACCUUCUCCGUGCAAGAGCGAGCUCUCAUACUGCUCCGAUUGCUCCGACUGCGAGCCUGCCCUGAAACGCCUGCGGGUGUCAUCGGUCGAGCCACAUGUCAAGCGGUCCCCCGCUGCAUCGCCCAUCCUGUCACUUGCACCUGCUCCUCUUGAAGACUAUGAAGUUCUACCUGCCUCACAGAAAUGAUUCCUGCACGCCAUGCCAUUCCGUAUGCCGUUAUCCGCAUCUAUUCGCCAAUCACCCAGCUCACGUCUCUAUGCGUAUUCUCGGCUUGGUUUCUCGGGUUAUUCUGUCUAUCGGACCUCCAUGGCGUCUAUUUUUAAUAGAAUGUGCAUUUUCGGUGUAGUAGGAUCAGUAAAACGAGCGAUCCGAUGGAGCGUUGCACUGGGCCUGGGUUCGCGAACGCCCUGUCUCGGUAUUACCUUUGCCUUCUGAGUAACAAUGUAUUACUAUCUUGUGGGUGGCCUACGAUGCCAUAAUAACUUCGAAAAUCUGC